CUUACGCUGCGUGUGCUCCUCGUGCACUUUUUCCUCCCUCGCCCGCUUGGCCUUCUGGCGCCGCAACUCCGCCUCGCUGUGGACAAACAGGAGAUGGUGGCGCCUCCUCCGGUUGGCUUUGGGCUUUGGGCAGUUCUUCAAUCUUCACAGAACGGCAGCUGGCAUCGACCCACCGAUAGAGGAAGAUAAACGCACCAAAGACCACAAAAUAUGCCACAACUAGCAGCACCUUGUGCCACCAAAGAAAGACAGCGCCUUGCGGCGAUCCAGCGCCUGUGGCAGCCACUUCUUUGGCCAGAUCACGCUUCAGCUUGUGACAAUCCAAGGCGGUCAUGGCAUGUAUAUCCGCUUUGUAUAUGGCGGGCGUUGCGUCAUGCCACCAGGCUGAUGCGGCCACUUCCCUGCUGAAGAUCUCGCGACAUUUCUUGUACACAUCAUCCAUCCAUUUCUGGCACUCGGGCCGAUUAAUAUCAAUCCUACAAAUUGGAUUCAUAGUGCUACGGGCUUGGAUUGAGGUGUUUAAUGUAUUGUAAGUACUUUUGAAUGGUUUACAAAAACCUGCUGGGUUUCAGAUGUGCAGGAAGAGGAGCAAUGAUUUUAGGGCAUUAAUAUAUUUAUUAAUCAUUCUUAUAUUCAUAUUAAUUCUAAUUCAAACACCAACGGAUACUCUGCUACCCUUAUGGGGCACGGUGGCAACCUUGUGCUGGCUUUGGGAUCACCUUGGAAACGGUCAACCCAAACAAAUGCCAGUCCUUAGCUUUAUUUUCAUUCGAGGAGUGCCUUUUCAGCCGGAAAUUUUAACAGCAAAUGCAAUCCCUGUAUUGUAUAAUUGACAAUAAAAAUGAGUGCAGCACCCGUUGAAGCCAAGCCUGAAUCCGAGGUAGUGCCAGCACCACCACCAACAGCCGCAGGCAGACCCAGGCCACCCACUUCGCAGCUCUUUUCGCGCGGCAAUCUGGUUAGCAGUCGAACAGGCGGCGGUGGGGAUAAAACUGCGCUGGCCAGACCAUCCACGGCGGUACGUGCCGUGGGCUAUGCGGCCAACAGCAGUGGCUCCGCUGGCCAAAGAUUCGAUCAGUUCUUUCUGGAGAAGGCCAAACAGCAGACACUAUCCUCGGCCAAUGCAGCCGUCGAUGCAGCCAAGGAAGUCAAUCCACAGAUUAAGUACAAAAAUCUAGAGGCAAAGAUUGUGAAGCUACUGGAGGCAUCGAUUGUCCUGGCCUCGCACAGUGCCAGUGGCGACAUCAAUGCGGAGAUUAAAUCCGCUCUGGCGGAUGCAUUAAACAAGGCCAAGGAGGCCUUCUCCUUGGAUCGAACACUGCAUCGCUUUCGGGAUCAGCAGGGCGAGAAUGUGUAUCACAAUUUUGAUUUGACUUAUGCUGUAUUUUUCAAUCUGGCUGAGCAAUACGAGCGCAGUGAUAUGCACAUCGAGGCCCUCAACACGUACAGCAUUAUGACAAAGAACAAAAUGUUUCCCCAUGUCAAUCAGCUGAAGCUGAAUAUGGGUAACAUUUACUAUAAGAUGGGCAUAUAUCCGAAGGCCAUCAAAAUGUAUCGCAUGGCCCUGGAUUCGGUGCCCAAGAAUCUGAAUCAAUUGCGUCUGAAGAUCACCGAGAAUAUUGGCGUAUUGUUUGUGCGCAUGGGCUCCUAUUCGGACGCUGCCUCCAGCUUUGAGUUCAUCAUGUCGGAGCGGGCGGACAUCAAGAGUGGCAUCCAUCUGCUGCUCUGCUACUAUGCCAUGGGCGAUGUCGAGAAGAUCAAGAGCGCCUUUCGCAAUCUGUGCGAUGUCCAGGCCGUGGAGAGUGAAAGCGAUCUGGAGAGUGAGAACAAUAUAAUCAAGCUGCAGCAGCAGGCCGAACAGGCAGGCCAAGCCGCUGGUGUACAGGAUCAUCUACAAAAGUCCACAGAUGGCGGGGCCAGUGGUGGUGCCGAAGUGGCCGUAAUCGAUGCCGAGGGUGGCAGCACCUACGAGAAGGUGCAGGAGUUCAUUAAUACCUCUGCCAAGGCAAAGAAUCGUUCAGUUCUGCAGGCGCUCAAAACGGAUGAGCUGGCUCAGUACACCAAACAAAAAAGGAAUGCGGAAAAGCGUUCCAUUACCAUGAUUGUGGAUCUAAUAUCACCCAUAAUUGAGGAGAACUACAAUGACGGCUACAACUGGUGCAUUGAGAUCAUCAAGACCUCGAAUCUGUCCUGGCUGGCCAAUGAGCUCGAACUAAACAAAGCUUUGGUUUACUUGCGGCAGAACGAUGUGAAUCAGGCCAUUGAAACCCUGCAGAUGUAUGAUCGCAAGAGCGAGGGAUCCAUGACAGCGAGUGCACUGACAAAUCUGAGUUUCAUUUACAUAAGCUUGGGCAACCUGGAUAUGGCCUCGCAUUGCCUGAAUCAGCUGCAGGAUAUCGGAGCUCUGGAGACAAAUGCCUUGGCGCUGAUCAAUGCUGGCAUUGUGGAUAUGCAGAAGCAGAACCUAAGCGCCGCCAGGGAGCGCUUGGAGCGAGCCUUGCAGCUGCAACCCACAAGCUUUGAGGCCAACUAUAAUCUUGGUUUGGUGGCACUCGCACAGCAGGACUAUCAGCAGGCGGAGGAGCAGUUUGAGCUGCUGAAAGCACAGCUAAUGGUGCCCCAUUCGGUGCAGCAUAGCCAUGUCUACUAUCAGCUGGCAAAGUUGCAGGAACGUCGACUCAGCAAUGGCUCGGGGCUAGUGGGGAGCGCCUUCAAGCCAACCGCAACGCCGGGAGCACUGCAGGCGUAUCUGCAGGUGCUGGGCAUAUCCGCCGCCGACAUCGAUUCGCGUCUGUUUGAGAAGGUGGGCUCCAUGUACGAGCAGAUACAGGAUCAUCAGGAGGCCAAUCAGUACUAUAACGAGGCGUAUCGCAUCAAUAUGAGCGACAUCAGCAUUGCCAGCUCCAUUGGCUCCUACUACAUCAAGCUGCAGGCCACGGAGAAGGCGCUCUACUACUACGAGCGAGCGGUUCUCGCUGAUCCCAAUGACCCCAAUCUCAUGCUGCGGAUUGCCAGCUGCUUCCGCAACUCUUAUCUGCCGCCCAAGCAGUAUCUGGGCAUGUUCGAGAAGAUCUAUGCACGAUUUCCGGAUAACCUUACCUGUGUGCGUGCUCUGAUGCAGGUGACCAAGAGCCUGGGUCUCACUGAUCUCCAUGAGCGGUAUUCGCUGGACUAUGCCCGACUCCACAAGCUGCAACAGGAGCGACAGAAUGAGCAGCGAUACCAGCAGCAGCGUCUAUCAUCGGCUACAUCAGGCAGCAGCCGCAUGAGGACCAUACGACCAUCGAAUGAGGAGCGUCUGCAGGAGAACAGCGAUCUCUCUGGUACCAUGGCAUACAGACAAAGUUCUGCCACAUUUGCAGUGCAACAAUUCGAUCCUUUGGGUCCACCAGCACAGCGUCCACGCACUGGCAUGUAUCGUGGCCAGCACAGCAAAGACGACUCCGAUGAUGAUGCGGAAAUGAAUGCCGAAAGUUUGUUGCCCAUUUAAAUAUCAAAAUAAAUACUUAUAUAACAUAUAGAUUCCAA